AUGGCCGACAAUGGAGCAGCUGCCUCCUCCUCUUCGUCAUCAUCAUCCGGUAUGUACGAUGUUUUUCUGAGCUUUAGAGGCGAAGACACAAGAUACAUAUCCUCAGAUUCUCUCUACCGUAAACUCGCAGAAAACGGAAACCUCAAAGUGUUUAGAGAUUGUCCGGAUCUGAAACUAAGUGACCCAAUUAAAUCUACUCUUGUGGAAGCCAUUAAAAGAUCAAGGAUGUUCAUUGUUAUGAUGAGCCCAAACUAUGUGUCUUCCUCGUGGUGCCUCGUGGAGCUAGUGGAGAUACUCAAGUACUCCAACAAUGGAAGAAAUCGCCCCGUUUUUCCAGUUUUUUACCACGUGGAGCCUUCAGAAGUUAGAUAUCAGAAUAGCAUCAAAUCUAAGGAAGCCAUGAGAAAACAUGAAGAUACAUACGGCAAAGAGACUGUGGCAGCGUGGGAGUCGGCUCUAUCUACAAUUUGCGGGCUAUGCGGACAGCACAUUGUUGAGAAUAAGGGGUGA